AUGUCUGCCCCUUCUUUCGCCAGCUACAUCGUCAAGCGCCCGCUGCUUAAGCGCUGGAUGCAGCCCCUUGCCAACUGGUACACCGACGCCGCCGGCUACAGGAGACUCGGACUCAAGUUCGACGACCUCAUUCCCGAGGAGAGCGAGAACGUCCAGAAGGCCAUCAAGCGUCUUCCUUCCAAGGAAGCCUAUGACCGUGUUUUCCGUAUCCGCCGCGCUUUCCAGUGCUCCAUCUCCCACACUCUUCUCCCCGCCAACGAGCAGACCAAGCCCGAGGAGGACGUCGAGUACCUGAGCCCCAUCAUCCGCGAGAUCGAGAAGGAGGUCAAGGAGCGUGAGGACCUCGACAACCUUGUUGUCCGCAAGUAA